UCGGGACGCAACUCCGUCACAUCUCCCCAUCGGCCAUCAGCCAUAUCACCUUCCCCGUAAGCACACUCCGUGUAGUGGUCAGACGCUUUUCUUCCUUCCACCCGAGCACAACAUACCUGUAGUGUACUGUGUACUGUACAGUCCACGCAAACCUUAGUCGAGAGGAGAACUUCGAAACUCAAAAUCUCUUUAGUACUCCGUAGUGAGGGCGAGGGCCGGGAAAAGUAAUCGUAUGAGGUCGGCGGGGAUGUAUCUUGUGGUGUACUGUAUGUGUUGGGGGUUGUGGGAUCUUUAUCCCUGGGGCUUGGUCUUUACCUCUCCAGAGGGAGGAACAGGUGGUGGUUGUUGUGGUGGUGGAUGGAAUGUUGCAACGCGUGGCUGGGGGGUUUCUGAGGAGACGGUGGUUUUGUUGCUGGUGUUGUUAGGGGAUCUUAUGAUUGGGGCUGGUCAUAUGUUAUAUGUUAUGUGUUUUUCUGGAGUUGGGGAGAGAAGGGUGGUGGGGGUUGGAAGUAUGGGAAGUAUGGGUACAGUGUGUUUUGCAUGUCUUUUUGCUUGGUGGGGAGAAUUUCUAGCUGGAUGGUGGAUGGAUGGCUGUGGCUGUGGCUGUGGAUUGGGGACUGUGAUGGAUGGAUGGUGUCUUGGGGAUAGUGAGCGAGCGAGCUUGCGUCCUCCAUAGGCAGCGAAGCGCCUACGUGCUUUUUUCUCAAAGGAGAGGAGAGACCCCUUUGAAGGGUUGGUUUGGGUGCGGAAGGAUUACGGCGCAGACAAACGGCUUCCUUUGCCUUGAUACUCUUUCGACCGCACUCCAGGUAUGUACGGAUUGCACGCUGUCUUGGGCCCCCUGGUUCCUGUGGCAUUUAUUCCCGAGAUUGUAGUGCACAGUUCAA